UGCCGCUAUGGAAGAUAGCCUGGUCCGCGCCUUCGGGGGCCUCAGCCUCCAGCAGCCCCGCCGUGCCCGAGGCAGGCCCCCCGCUCGCCGUUUCAGCAAAAGCCUCUAUUUGCUCCGCGGCCUGCCCGGGUCGGGCAAAAGUACUCUGGCCAGGCAACUGAAACGUGAAUUUCCUAAUGCAGUCAUUUUUAGUACUGACGAGUACUUCAUCACAGAAGAUGGCACCUAUGAAUUUAAUCCUGAUUGUUUGAGAGAUGCACAUAAGUGGAAUCAGGAAAGAGCACAUAAAGCUAUGAAGAAUGGGAAAUCUCCAGUUAUAAUUGAUAAUACCAACAUCCACGCUUGGGAAAUGAAGCCAUAUGUGAUAAUGGCACUGGAAAACAGAUACGAAGUUAUAUUUCGGGAGCCAGAUACACGUUGGAAGUUCCAUGUUCGGGAAUUAGCUCGACGUAAUCAUCAUGGUGUUCCAUUUGAGAAAAUACAAUGGAUGAAAGACGAAUAUGAGCAUGAUGUUACCUUCCAUACAGUGCUUCAUUCUGAAGAACCAGCCAGAUACUGCAAUUCUGGACGUUAUUCUCGUCUGAAUUCAGCUUUUUCCAACAACAGAAUGAAUAGGUCAUGAAACUGAAGGAUUUUAAUAAGAGGACAGUGGGAGAUUUUAUUGGGAUUUUAUAGAUUUUAUUGUUUUAGAUUCUUAGCAAUUUUCUAUUUUUCUACUGAACUAAAGUAGGUCUUAACCCAUUUAAGCUUGAUGUUCCAGAAUUCUUGCAGAUU